AUGCUUUCAGAAAACUCUCGAAAGUACUCACUAGGAGUCACACCACGCGCCGCCCUUUCUCGUGUCGACGCCACGUCGACACCCUCUUUGGACGUUCCGCAGAAGACAACAAAUCGUCGAUUCUCACUCGCCGCCACCUUCCUCGACGCGACAAAAUCGAAUCGAAAGACAUCGUUGUGUGUUGAAAAAGACUAUCUCAACCACAAUCGAGUAGUCCGCCCGGCGUCGGCCGCCAUCGUCGACACCGACCACCUGAAUCGUCCGCUUUUUUUCGAGCGAAACGAGGAGAAGGCGAGCUUUCGAAGCGCGCGUAGCGAUUCCAUCAAACCCCAGGCGAAGAGCCGUCGAAUGGGACGAGCGAUGAGGGUGAUUGUGGUCGGAGGUAAAAAAGUCGGAAAGACCGCCAUUUUGAGACAAGUCGCGUGUGUUGAGGAUAUUACGAAUAAGCCAUACGAAGCGACAAUCGAAGACACGUAUCAAGUGUUGCUCGAAGAGCCCGACAAAGCCCGCGAAAUUCUGAUACUCCACGAUACGGCGGGCGUCUCGAAUUACGGUCCAAUUGAGCUGAAAAAAGCCUAUGUUCAGGCGGCGGACGCGUUUGUGCUGGUCUACUCAUCAGCCGAUUAUGAGUCAUUUAAUCGAGUCGAUUUGUUGAAGAAAUGGAUUGAUCGACAGUUUGGAAAGGAUAAGAAAGAGGUCCCUAUCGUGGUUUUGGCGAAUAUGAGAGACCGACCGGCGACAGUGGAUAGUGCAUUCGCUCAUAGUUGGGCGGCACGUGAGAAAGUGAAAUUGUUCGAAGUGACGGCGAAAGACAGACAGAGUCUUGUCGAUUUCAUUCAUUACGUCGGACAUCGACACUUUCAUCCAACUAAAGAAUCGAAAUUCUCGCUCUCGAAAAAGCUCAAAUCGGAAAAGUCGACGAAUCCGGCGAUUCUAAUGGACUUUUAA